AUGCCCGGCCGACGAGGAGGGCAGCGGAGCGAAGGGGGAGGGCAGCGGGGCGAAGGGGAAGUGCAGGCUCUCCUGCGAGCACGUCAAGCGCGAGGCUGCCCUCAGCCGCCGCUAGAGGGCGCCCGGGUCUCCCUCGCCACGAACCGCCGGCGGGCUGCGCAGGGCGGCGGAGGAGGAGGGGGCGCGCAGGAGGCUCGGACACACGACAAGGUCCCCAAACCCUCGGCUGCCCCCCUCACCUCUGCUCUCCCUGCCCCCGUCUCUAGGCCUGGAAUCCGUCCAGGAGUCACCCCGGACAUCUCCAUUGACUACAAAGUCCUGGAAGUCUUCCCCAAAGGCCGCCGAGUUCUCAUAACGUGCCACUCACCACAGGUGCCUCUGCCUGUCACCUAUACCCUCUGGGGGAGCCAGAACAUAGAGGUGGCCAAGAAGGUGGUGAAGACCAGCGACGCAGCCUCCUUCAACAUCAACAUCACACUUAAGUCCAGACCAGAUCUCCUCACCUACUCCUGCCAGGCGUCCCUCGCGUCCGGCGUGAGGGCCACCAGUGCCAGGCUGCAGAUGUACUGGGAGCUGUGGGCCAACCCCGUGUCCCCACCAGAAGCCAGCUUCACCCUGAUUGAUAGAGGGUCAGGCCCCAGAGUGGAGGUGACCUGCCAGACGGCUUCGGGCAGCCCACCUAUCACCUACAGCCUGAUGGGGAAGGAUGGGCACAUCUACAGACAGCAGAGCCCACCCCAUGGGCAGCCUGCCAACUUCUCCUUUCUGCUGCCCAGGAUGCCGGCCUGGCUCCAGUGUCAGGCCGAAAACAGCGUUAGCUUUCAGUCCAGUGCUUUCACCCUGCUGCCCCCAGGAGAGCUGCCCCAGGGCCCCGCUUUUGUGCUGGCCACCAGCCUCACCUCCAUUGCAGCUGUUGGCUCUGGCAUGCUGGGCUGGACAGCCUGGACCAGGUAG